GACAGACAGGGGAGUGAGGGGGACAGGUUGUCAGAGACAGACAGGGGAGUGAGGAGUGAGGCUGCACUGGUCACCGAUGCCGCCACAGGUGAGUGAGGAUGUGGAGGGACCUGCACUCCCCCAGGAUCACCCGAGUCUCCAGGAACAGCCUGUGUGGAUCUUCGGGUACGGCUCUCUCAUCUGGAAACCGGGAUUUCAAUUCACCUCCAGGAGGAUUGGUUUUAUCCGGGGAUACAGCAGGAGGUUCUGGCAGGGAGACUCCUAUCACCGUGGGAACAGGCGGGCACCUGGCCGUGUUGUCACAUUGCUGGAAGAUGCUGAUGCUGACACGUGGGGGGUGGCCUAUCAGGUCCAGCAAGAGCAGCUCAGGCAUUCACUGGAGUACCUGAACCUUCGGGAAGGCGUGCUGGGUGGAUACGUGUGCAAGAUGGUGACCUUUCACCCCCAGGGGUUGCAGGCUUGUGGCAGCAUCCUGGCGCUGGCUUACAUCGCCACCCCACAGAACCCACUGUACCUGGGCCCUGCCGAGACUGAGCACAUCGCGGGGCAGAUUCUCUGCUGCAGUGGCCACUCUGGCCACAACCUGGACUACCUGCUCAGACUGGCCCAGUUCAUGCGCUCCGCUUGCCCGGGGGUGGAGGACGAGCACCUGUUCUCCAUCGAAGCGGCCACCCUAGCGAUCGCGUCAGCCCCGGAUGAUCGGCAAGCUUAAGCGGUGCCUGGACGUGCCUUUACUGUGUUGGCGAUGAUACUUGCGGAGGGACGCAGGCGUGGUAACUGACCAUCCAAAGGCCGUCCCGACUGUACUGAAGCCCACCACCGCUUCAGAAUGCCAGCUUAAGAUUGUACAAUCCCAAAGUACAAACCUCUUCCAGCACCGUUCCAUCAGCUGGAGCUGCAUGUGUGGGAAGAUUGGAUUUUAAACAGACAUUAUAACUCUGUUGGAGCGUGGGGCCGGUGCACUUGGGUGAGGUGUCUACUCUGUGUUCAAUCUUCAGGUUCUUAUCACCAACAAUAUCACUGUGUUACCUACUGUAUUUUUUUAAACAUAUUAUUUAUGAUCAAUAAAUCCUGUUGGCUGAGUCUUUUUAAAUAUUGUCACUCAGUACGGUGCUGGAGAAUUCCAUACUUAUUAAUUUGUUUGCCUCCUGAAAUCUCUCUGGGGCAGGCAGCAGUGCACAAUAUGGCUCCUUGGACCCUCUUGGCCAUUCGAUACGAUCAUUAACUGCCUUCACUGCCUUCAGCUUCAAUUAGUCUUUUCUGUCCACUGCCCCCUGAUAUCCCUGAGGCACCACACACCAAGGCUGAGACUGAUCAAAGUCAACUUGACCCACCAGGUGGGAGGGAGGGGGUUAGAGACUUCCAAAGGGUCAUGACCCUCCAAGAGAAGACAUUUCUCCUCAAGACAUGUCCAAAGUUCAUUGAACCCCGCCCCCCUCCUUAUCCUGAGGAUAAAGAUGCAUCUUAGAACGCACCCUAUCUGGAUGCAUCACAGCUUAGUACG